GCGCCUAGCGGAGAGGUAACCGGUCGGCUCUCGGGUCGACUUGUUGACUUGUGUUAACGUGUCGGUUGUUUGUUGGUUUGGUAUCUUUUGGGUUGAAUAUUUCUAAAGUGUUUUAAAUAUCGAUAUAUAAACAUAAUAUCAUAAGUUUAUAAAUAUUUUUAUAAUGAUAAAACCAAUAUACCUACCAGUUUUACUUGUAUGCUUCACAAGUUACUGUAAUUCAACUUUAUUUGAAUCUGAUUCUUGUUAUUCUUUUGGAAGCGGCAAUGUAUUUCCCGGUGGAGCAAGAAAAAUCGACCACAAACUACAAUUUACUAAGGCUAUGAUUUCAAAACCAGCACCUGAGUGGGAAGCAACAGCUAUUGUAAAUGGAGAAAUCACCCAAUUAAAACUGUCAAGUUUCAGAGGGAAAUAUUUAGUAUUUUUCUUUUAUCCUCUAGACUUCACUUUUGUAUGCCCCACUGAAAUCUUGGCUUUCUCAGAAAGAGUUGAAGAGUUCAAAAAACUUAAUACUGAAGUAGUGGCAUGUUCUGUUGACUCCCACUUUACACACUUAGCAUGGAUUAAUACUCCCCGUAAGGAAGGUGGACUUGGUAAAAUUAAUAUUCCACUUGUGAGUGAUCUGACACAUUCUAUAGCUAAAGAGUAUGGUGUAUAUUUAGAAGAUUUGGGACACACAUUACGAGGUCUCUUCAUUAUUGAUGAUAAGGGGGUUCUGAGACAGAUAACUAUGAAUGACUUGCCAGUUGGCAGAUCAGUUGAUGAAACCCUGAGGUUGGUCCAAGCCUUCCAAUAUACUGACAAACAUGGUGAAGUCUGUCCAGCUGGAUGGAAACCUGGUCAAGACACUAUUAUACCAAACCCAGAAGAAAAAAGAAAAUACUUUGAGAAAGUCUCCAAUAACUGAUGGAGAAAAUACUUCCUAUAUAAAAGACACUUAAUAUUUAUCUUUUAAAGUUUCUUUUAUACUGUGUAAACUCUAUGAAAGGUAUAUCAUGAUUUAACAUCAUUUAACUCCCUUAUGUUGAAAAAACUUGACUGGUGGGUUUCCCUUGAACAUACAAUAUACAUUAUAUAUAUAUUUGCUAGUGUUAUAGAGUUGUUAUAUACUUGCCAUAUAACAACUCUAUAACACAACGAAAAUUUACAGUCCCUUGCUAUUAAGAAUAUACACUUGUUUUGUGCCUUUCAAGACUAUCAAAUAUGAUUAGAAUGGUGUGAUAGUUUAUUGCAUUUAUGUUUAUAAUAUAAAGUUUUGGUCACAAAUCAAUAAUUCCCUAUGUUUUUGAACAAGAUGCUAUGAUUAAAUUUGCAUAAUAAUCAUGAAACUAAGAAAAAGUAAUAAGUAUGUCAAUUUUUUUAGAUACAUGUAUAAAAAAAAUUAAUUACUACAAGUUACUUUAACAAAAGCAAUUUAUUUUCGUAACUAAUUUAUUAGUAGUUUGUACAUUGAAGUCAUCACGAUUUAUUAUAUAAGAGACUUUUUAUAAUAAAAUUUAUAUGUUUUUCUAAA